AUUUCUACACAGAUCGAACAACACUGAAAGCCAGGAGUAAAUCGAAAAAAAAUACAACGCGAAGAAUAUUAUAAUAUAUUAAUAUUAUUAUGUAGUGUCAGCUUUUGCAAAUUGACCACAUUGUUCGUAUAAUUUUUUAACCAAUUUGUAAAAUCCGGUGAAGAAAUUGUUACUCACAUUAAUUAGAACGGUGCACCGAAGUUCAAGCGCAGGCAAUAACCGUAUAUUCCAUCAUAUACAUUAUCAGUAACUAACGGGGCGCCGAGUCGGGGGACUUGGCUAUUAUUGCCUAUAUAAGCCGGUCGUUUAGUUUUGAUUGAUCAGUGCACGAAUUUGUUUGCUGAAUAACUAUUAUUAUUAUUAUAAUAUUAUAUCAUCGUCGUAAUCGAAAAACGCCAUCACCAUGAACGGAAAAAUUGUCUUGUGUUUCGCGGUCGUCUUCAUUGGACAGGCCAUGUCAGCCGCAACCGGUACUACACCUGAAGUCGAAGACAUUAAAAAAGUUGCUGAACAAAUGUCACAAACUUUUAUGUCUGUUGCCAAUCACUUAGUGGGAAUUACCCCUAACUCUGCCGAUGCCCAAAAAUCCAUUGAAAAGAUUAGAACUAUAAUGAAUAAAGGAUUCACAGACAUGGAAACCGAAGCUAAUAAAAUGAAGGAUAUCGUUCGCAAAAACGCUGACCCGAAAUUGGUUGAAAAAUACGAUGAAUUAGAAAAGGAGUUGAAAAAACAUCUUAGUACAGCCAAAGACAUGUUCGAAGAUAAAGUCGUCAAACCCAUCGGCGAAAAGGUAGAAUUAAAGAAAAUCACCGAAAACGUUAUCAAAACUACCAAGGAUAUGGAAGCUACCAUGAACAAGGCCAUCGACGGAUUUAAGAAACAAUGAUUGUUUUAAAAUGACGUGCGACUAAUCCAAACAACAUUUUUUAUAUUUUUUUUAAUUAAAUUAUUUUUCUUUAUAAAAUCUAUUUUUAUUCCUGUUUUUUGUUUUUUUUAAUAAAAUAUAUACCUGAGUUAAUAUUUUUCAAA